AUGAAAUUUACUACAUUAGUUACAUUCGCUUCAGUUGCUUUAGCUUUAAAUUUAGAACAAAUUAGAUUAAUUAAUGAUAAUGAAUUAAUUAUUCAAGAUUCUGAAUAUGGUUAUCCAACUAUUGUUAAUUUAAAAGAAGAAGAUAAUGAAGUCGAAGAACAAGGUAAAAAAAAUUCAAAAACUUCAUCAGUUAAAUCUUUUUUUUCAUCAUUAACUAAAACUUCAUCAUCAUCUCAUUCAAAAACUACUUCAUCAUCAUCAUCAAGUCAUUCAACUACAAAAAUUACUACUGCUACUCAUUCAGAAAAAACUCAUACUACUACUGAUAAACAUGGUUCUACUUCUUAUUGGACCAAAACUAAAACUUAUUCAAUUACUAAAACUGGUGGUGCUGAAGCUGUUCAAGCUGCUGCUGUUGGUGGUCCAUUAUUAAUGGCUUUAGGUUUAUUAUUAUAA